UUUGGACCAGCAAGCGCGCGGCAACGGGCGGUGGAGAGCGAGUGCGCAGGCGCAGCCGGGGGGCCGGACUACGACUCCGGAAUCUCAGCAAGCCCCAGUGUGCGCUGAACUCCGAGCCGACGCCAUGGCCGCUUACAAGCUGGUACUGAUACGGCACGGCGAGAGCGCGUGGAACCUGGAGAACCGCUUCAGCGGCUGGUACGACGCCGACCUGAGCCCGGCGGGGCACGAGGAAGCGAAGCGCGGCGGGCAGGCGCUGCGAGAUGCUGGCUAUGAGUUUGAUAUCUGCUUCACCUCCGUGCAGAAGAGAGCAAUUCGCACGCUCUGGACAGUGCUGGAUGCCAUUGACCAAAUGUGGCUGCCAGUUGUGAGGACUUGGCGCCUCAAUGAGCGGCACUAUGGGGGUCUGACUGGCCUCAAUAAAGCAGAAACUGCUGCCAAGCAUGGUGAAGCCCAGGUAAAGAUCUGGAGGCGCUCCUAUGAUGUCCCACCACCUCCGAUGGAGCCUGACCAUCCCUUCUACAGCAACAUCAGUAAGGAUCGCAGGUAUGCAGACCUCACUGAAGAUCAGCUACCCUCUUGUGAGAGUCUGAAGGACACUAUUGCCAGAGCUCUGCCCUUCUGGAAUGAAGAAAUAGUUCCCCAGGUCAAGGAGGGGAAACGGGUACUGAUUGCAGCACAUGGCAACAGCCUUCGGGGCAUUGUCAAGCAUCUGGAGGGUCUCUCUGAAGAGGCCAUCAUGGAGCUGAACCUGCCUACUGGUAUUCCCAUAGUCUAUGAAUUGGACAAGAACUUGAAGCCCAUCAAGCCCAUGCAGUUCCUGGGGGAUGAAGAGACUGUGCGCAAAGCCAUGGAAGCUGUAGCUGCCCAGGGCAAGGCCAAGAAGUAAAGGCGAGCCAGCACACUGCUUUCCCCAAGGACACCCUCCCUGCCCGUCCCAUUCCUCUGCGCCUCUCCCUGCACAUGUCACACUGACCACAUCUGUAGGCAUCUUAAAUUGUAGCUGCAGGUGGGGACUGGUGGCUCCCAAUUUGAUUUUAGCUGUUUUGGCUCUUGCACCCACUCCCUUCAUACACUCUGGUCAGAAUGGCACCUCUGGGACCUGGGUCCUCCUUCCCAGCUGAGGAAGACUCACCCAAGAGAGGAUAGUAACUGGUUUUUGCUAGUGCUUUGCUACUAAGGACCUUCUUAAGUGGGGGAGCAGAAGGAACCACGCUAAGGCACAACCAGUGCAGAGAAGUGGGGAGCCUGUUUGUAUUGCAGGAGCCAGUCCAGUACUGCUGUGUAGUUGGGUGACUGGGAGGGAUGGGGCUCCAGUCAUUCCACUGGAAAUGAGUGUAACCCGAACAGUGAUCACAAAUGCUUCCUCCCUGACCGCACAAGUUUGGGAUCAAUCCUGAAUGUUUACGUGUUGCAUUUACUUUUACAAAAAAACCCCAGUAAUAUAUAUAUAUAUAAAUAAUAGAAAACAAGAACCCUUUGAGUUUCUAGUGGCAGUUGAAAUAUUCCCACGUGGUCAUCAUAAAAUAAGCCAUUCCUCACACCAACGUGGGAUAAGCUCCUUGACUUUAAGGUGUAGGAGCUCAUCCUGCUGUGUGUUUUAUAGUCCCUCCCCUGCCUUAACUGUUUUAUGGCAGUAAGAUGUCUCUUGAUCACAUCCAAAUGUGUGUCUCACUGUGUCUGAUUGCUGAAUCAUAUUCUAGUUGGUUGGCUCUGCCACUUGGGCCCAGUACUUAUUUUGAGCGUAAUUGUACUAAGUCUUUUUUCCAGAUCAGUAUAAUAAAGGAGUGAUGUGCAAUA